CUUCCUCACACGUAUCUUAAUCCCUUGACCGAGAAACAUACACACAAAGAUGGCAUUGCAUCUUCAAACGAUCUUACCAUUCAUUUUGGUUCUAGCAAUAAUUUUAUCAGGGCAAAGAACAUGUGACAGUGCUAGAGUUUUCACCAUAGUAAACUACUGCAAGGAGACACUUUGGCCGGCGGUGACACCCGGGGAAAGCUUCAACGGCGGUGGCUUCGUCCUAAAACCGGGCGAAUCCGCGGUUUUCACGGCCCCGGUUAGCUGGAGCGGCCGGAUAUGGGCUCGAACCGGUUGCAAGUUCGACCAAAACGGAAACGGAAAUUGCCAAACCGGUUCAUGCGGCACAACCCUAAAAUGCUCAGCCUCGGGGAAAACACCGGCGUCGCUAGCAGAGUUCACACUAGCGCAACCGGACUUCUACGACGUGAGCCUCGUCGACGGCUUCAAUGUGCCGAUGGCCGUUAAGCCCAUAAACGGAAAGGGAAACUGCAGCACCGCUGGAUGUGAUUCUGACCUUAGAAACAGUUGCCCCAAGGAACUUUCCCUUAGGGCUAACGGCAAGACCGUUGGGUGUCGUAGUGCAUGUGAUGUGUUUAACACUGAUGAGUAUUGCUGCAAAGGGAAUUAUGGAAACCCUUCUACUUGCAAGCCUACGUUUUAUUCCAAGAAGUUUAAGGAGGCGUGCCCUACUUCUUAUAGCUAUGCUUAUGAUGAUCCAACUAGUAUUUUUACUUGUACAGGGACGGAUUAUGUCAUAGCCUUCUGCUCAUCCAGGAAACAACAGGUAUGCUCUUAUCAUAAUAACAAGCUUCACUGCAGUGGAUCACAAGGGUUGAAAUCGUUGACUGGAAGGUGGUGGAUCGUGAUGAUGAUAACAGUGUUUUCGGUGCUUAGUUUUUGGAUUGGAUUCUAGUCUAGACCAUGCAUGAUCGAUGUUUAUUCUACUAAGAGUCCGAUUCAUUUUAAGUUUAAUGAAUUUGAUGAGUUUGUGUAAAUGGAACCAGUUUUUUUCUUUUUCUCUCUGACGAUGUUACUUUUACGGAGGGAGGUACUAUACUACUAUACUCCGUUACGUGUUUAUUCCUAGUGUCUAUGGGAAGGUGGUAUUUUAUUAAUUUGAUUCAUAUUCGUUUCCUUAAAUUUAAGUAAAACGGUGAUGUGCACUUGAGGUUA